GUAAGGGUAGCUCAUCUAUAUUAUCGGUAAUAUAUACCACUGCGUUAUUAUCAAUAAUAUAGGCUACUGUGAUCAUAAUAAUAGCUAUGGUAUUAGUAGGCUUAUAUUAUUCUAUAUUAGCGGUAAAAUAUUAUAAUAUCAUCCUCGUAAACUGGAGGUAUUCCCAGGUGUCUGACGUCGCGAGCCGCACUUCCUGUGUACCUUCAAUACGUCAGCUGAGCACGUCAUGUGACAUUAUUUGACAACAUGUUAGCGUCCAGCCUCCGCUUUGAUGAAUAGCUCCAUAACCGGACCUGGUUUUAAAUAUAUCCGUGUCCCUAACUGCGUCUUGCCGCCCGGCGCCCCUCGUUCGCCCCUCGUCCCCCCCCCCCCCCCCCCCCCCCCCCCCCCCCGCGGGUCGACCUGUCCACCUCCGGGAUGUCCGCAUCCGUCAAGAAGAAACACGUCCGCUUCGCCAGCAUGGAGGAGGAAGGAGAUAACGACGAGCAGGAGGAAGACACCGUGUUCGACCAGAUGAGCGACUCCCGGAGCGGACUGAAGAGCGUCCUUAAAGCCGCGUCCAGGGCUCCUAAGCCCGGCUCGGAGCGGGUCCGGGUCGCGUCGGGUUCCGAGGGCUGCAGGAGGUGGUCCGUCACGCUGGCGCUGUGCGCCUCCUUCCUGGGACUGGGCAUGAGUAUCUCGGUCCUGGGCCCGACCUUCCAGGACUUGGCCGACAACUUGAACCGCAACAUCAGCAACAUCUCCUUCGUGUUCGUGGGUCGCUCGGCCGGAUACAUCGGAGGCUCUCUGAUCGGAGGGGUGCUCUUCGACUGCAUGAACCCCCACCUGCUCCUGGGGUUCUCUCUGCUCGUGACGGCAGCGGGUAUGUGUGCCAUCCCCUUCUGCAAGAUGGCGGCCGUCCUCACCUGCCUCAUGUCCAGCAUCGGGGUAUCCAUGGGCAUCCUGGACACUGGUGGCAACGUGCUGGUGCUGCAGACCUGGGGCGCCGGGGCCGGCCCGCACCUGCAGGCGCUUCACUUCAGCUUCGCCGCCGGGGCCUUCGUCUCGCCCGUCCUCGCCAAGCUGCUGAUCGUGGCCGACGCCCCCUCGCCCUCGGCCACACCCCUGACCCCGCCCCCCAACGCCAACGCCAGCGCCUUGGCUCCCGUUGCCACGGCGCCCUUCUCCCAUCCCGUCAUGCACUCCAUGAGCUCCAUGUGGGCGUACGUCAUCAUCGGCUGCUUCGUCCUCCUCACCUCCCUCCUCUUCCUCCUGCUCCUCCUCUGCGGGGGGGGGCGGGCCGGCGCCCCGGCCUCCCCCGGCGGGACCCCCGCCUCCCGGGGGCCGGCCCGCCACCACACGGCCCUCAUCGUCAUGCUGUCCUUCUUCUUCUUCUGGUACGUGGGCGCGGAGGUGGCCUACGGCUCCUUCAUCUUCACCUACGCCAAGGACUACGUGGGCAUGGCACCGCCGGCCGCCGCCGGCCUCAACUCCCUGUUCUGGGGCUCCUUCGCCGCCUGCCGGGGGCUGGCCGUGCUGCUGGCCGCCCGCCUGCCCCCGGGGGCUCUGAUCCUGGCCAGCCUGGGGGGCAGCACGCUGUCCUCCCUGCUGCUCUGCCUGUUCAGCCGCAGCCAGCCCGUGCUGUGGGCCUGCUCCGCCUGCUACGGCGCCGCCAUGGCCACCACCUUCCCCAGCGGCGUGGCGUGGGUGGAGCAGUACACGGUGGUGUCGGGCCGCGCGGCCGCGGGCUUCGUGGUGGGCGCCGCGCUGGGCGAGAUGGUGCUGCCCGCCGCCCUGGGGCUGCUGCUGGAGCGCGCGGCGGACACGCCCCUCCUCAUGUACCUCGCGCUGCUGGCCGCCGCCGUCACCUCCACGCUGUUCCCCGUCAUGUACAAGCUGGCCACCGCCCCCGCCGCGCCGGGGGGGAAACCCCGCGGCGGCGGCCGGCGGCGCCACGACGCCCAGGACCGCGAGGACCGCCAGGCGCUGCUGGACUCCGCCCCCAACGAGGAAGAGGAGGAGGAGGAAGAGGAGGAGGGGACGGAGGCGGACCAGUGGAACGACGCAGACUUUGAGGUCAUCGAGAUGGACGAUGCCCCUAGCCUCGUUACCUCGCCCGCCGCCGCCAAUACCUCGCCGCUCCCCCACGCGGCCAAGUCUCCGCCCCCGGUCGCCAAGGCGACCCCGCCCCCGGGCGCCGCGUCCUACUCGGACGCUCCCGGACUCGGGCUGCUCCCGAACUCGUCCCCGCGCCGCCUGAAGCUGCCCUCCCCCGCCCGCGAGAAGAGGGACUAGACCCGCCCCCCGCGCCGCCCGGAGAACACAGCCACUUCCUGUUUACCGGUCAUGUCCCAGGACCAGGACCAGGACCAGACCUAGAAGACCAGGACCCUCACCACCAGGUCCAGACCUCGAGCACCUCUCCCCCGGUGGUCCUGACCUGAAGACCAGGACCAGGGCCGAGUCCUGACCCAGAAGAUCAGGACCAGGACCGAGUCCUGACCCAGAAGACCAGGACCAGGACUGAGUCCUGACCCAGAAGACCAGGACCAGGACCGAGUCCUGACCCAGAAGACCAGGACCGAGUCCUGACCCAGAAGACCAGGACCGAGUCCUGACCCAGAAGACCAGGACCGAGUCCUGACCCAGAAGACCAGGACCGAGUCCUGACCCAGAAGACCAGGACCGAGUCCUGACCCAGAAGACCAGGACCAGGACCAAGCCCUGACCUAGAAGACCAGGACCAGGACCGAGUCCUGACCCAGAAGACCAGGACCAGGACCGAGUCCUGACCCAGAAGACCAGGACCGAGUCCUGACCCAGAAGACCAGGACCGAGUCCUGACCCAGAAGACCAGGACCGAGUCCUGACCCAGAAGACCAGGACCGAGUCCUGACCCAGAAGACCAGGACCGAGUCCUGACCCAGAAGACCAGGACCGAGUCCUGACCCAGAAGACCAGGACCAGGACCAAGCCCUGACCUAGAAGACCAGGACCAGGACCAAGACCUCUCCUACUGGUCCAGGUCUUCAGGUCCCUUCCUAGAGGAUCCGGACCCCAGCAGGUCCAGGAGGACCACACCGCCCCCCAGCCUGUGUGUGAUGGUUGAGUUUAUUUGUUAGAAGCAGAAUGUUUCCAAUGUGUUAACUGUGAAGUACUGUGAUCAUAUCGGCAUAGGUCAGUGUCUUAGUUUCGGAGGACUUAAUUCCCGGAAAGAAUUCAUUGUUACAUUGAUUAUUUUUUAUUAUACCAAUCUCACAGGUUCACCCACAGCAAUGUGCAUUAAAAACAGCUGAAAACAG